UCCGCUCCAGGUCGACUUUCGUGCAAUUUUGUUCGAGGAACCGAAUUCCCGCCACUAAUGAAUUCUUCCCGAAUUAGUUGCGAACGGAUUGAAACCUCGACACAGCGUCCUUCGCUACUUUCAAGAAGUAACACAUUAUUUCAAUCUUCGUGUGAGGAUAAACUCGUCUUGGUGGUGCACGUUGAAGCUUCUCGGCCCAGUUAGCUUAGCUUAGCUCGCUCGCCGCUAACAAAGAGACGCGUUUGUCAGCAACACAUCGCACAUUAGAGAUCGCCCGUGAAGGUGUUGUGAUUAUCGUGUGAAAAAUGUGUGCAAGAACGACAGCAAAGUGCGAGAAGGAACUUUCUGGAACGAAAGAGGAGGACGAGCCACAACGUCAACUUGUGGACGCUGCUCGCAUGCAGCCUCGUGUUGUGUUACACAGAGCAGACAUCACUGAAGAUCUUCGUACUAAGCGGCAGGAGCCAGAGCCCCCUUACAUUAAAGAGGAAGUGGAUGAUGAAGAGGUCCACCACAUCAAACAAGAAGAGGAGCCCAUUUCGAUUAAAAAAGAAGAGGAAGAAGCGUGCCCCCACAUUGAGGAGGAUAUCACCAAGUUUCCAUCGACGAGUGUCCCUUUGAAGAGUGAAGAUGAAGGUCAAAGUGAGGAGAGCAGAGGGGCGGAGCCUCCAAGCAGCAGCUCAAGUCAACACAUGACAACAGAAGCUGAUGGAGACCACUGUGGUGGAUCACAAGCAGACGGCCUCUUAGCUCCACUGUCAAAUAGUGAUGACAUGACGUCGCACUCUACUCACACUGAUGAGGAGGAUGAUGAUGAUGAUAAACAGUCUGAAGGUGAUAGGACAUGUCGCACUGACAACAAACGAUGGAAAUGUUCUCAGUGUGGGAAAACAUUUUCUAAUAAGAGCAGUUUGAAACAACAUGUGAGAACACACACUGGUGAGAAACCUUUUUCCUGCUCAGUUUGUGGUCAAAGAUUCUCUGUGAAGGGAAGCUUAAAAAUACACACAAGAACCCACACUGGCGAGAAACCUUUUUCCUGCUCUUUUUGUGGUCAACGAUUCUCUCUAAAGAAAAACUUAACAAUACAUACAAGAACUCACACUGGUGAGAAACCUUUUUCCUGCUCAGUUUGUGGUCAAAGAUUCUCUCAGAAGGCAAACUUAAAAAAUCACACAAGAACACACACUGGUGAGAAACCUUUUUCCUGCUCAGUUUGUGGUCAAAGAUUCUCUGUGAAGGGAAACUUAGAAAGACACACAAGAACACACACUGCUGAGAAACCUUUUUCCUGCUCAGUUUGUGGUCAGAGAUUCACACAAAAGCGAUACUUAAAAAUACACACAAGAACCCACACUGGAGAGAAACCUUUUUCCUGCUCAUUUUGUGAUCAACGAUUCUCUGAGAAGAAAACCUUAACAAUACAUACAAGAACCCACACUGCUGAGAAACCUUUUUCCUGCUCAUUUUGUGCUCAAAGAUUCUCUGUGAAGAAAACCUUAAAAAUGCACACAAGAACCCAGACUGACUCCUGUACAUGCGAUAGGGGUUUCCAUUACAUGCAAGUGAACCUAUCCUUCUGGUCCCGGAUCUGCGGUGUGGGCCUCGGGGGAUGCUGGGCUUGUUUCCCUCUCCUCCUUUUUGGUCCUCCAGUUUUAAUGCAUGACAUCACUGAAGAUCUUCGUACUAAGCGGCAGGAGACAGAGCCCCCUCGCAUUAAAGAGGAAGUGGAGGACGAAGGGGUCCCCCACAUCAAAGAGGGAGAGGAAUUGGAGACCAUUUCCACAAAAAAAGAGGAGGAAGAAGCACACCCCCACAUCAAGAAGGAAGAAGAGAGGAAAAAACAAGACACCAACGUGCUGAGUCUCAGGGUGCAUUCAAUCAACUGCCCACCAGAGUGCAAGUUCAGUGAAUGA